AUGGCUCCUCUGACAUGGCUGUCUGGUGUUUCCCUCACCGAAUACCUCAUGCCCAACACCGCCAACAUAAUAAAUCGCGACACGACACAAGAUGUGAAUUUAAACGAUCCCGAGCUUAUAGCUCUGAUGUCAAUCUCGCUCUCCACAGCCUCCAUCAGCGUCCUGGCUGCCUUAUGUGCUUUCUAUUGGUUCGUUAGAAUGCGGAGGAGUUUUCGCCACGACUUGAUUAUGCUCCUAAUCCAAAGCGAUAUGAUGAAGGCCUUAUGGCUCGUAAUCAACCCGCUCGCCUUUUUCGCCGGUGUGCCUAUCGAUUCGAACUCCGUCUUUUGCCAAGUCUCUGGAUUUUUCCUAACUAUUAGCAUCGAGGCCUCGGAUAUCGCAGUUCUUCUAGUUGCAGCACACACAGCGCUAUUCAUACUUUGGCCUUCAAGUUCGAGCGGGGCGGAUGCUGGCUUGUACCCAUACAGAUACAUAGCCUACACGUUCUGGGCUAUUGUUCCAAUCAUCUUGGCUGCGGUUGUACCAAUUACUGGCGGACGUUUCUCAGACAAUGGGCCCCAUUGUUCCCUGCCUGGACGCCCUGCUUGGUAUCUCAGUGCUCUUAGUUGGAUUCCACGCUAUAUCAUCUUCGCUAUCAUUAUUGUCACCUAUACAUUUCUCUAUAUCUAUGUCGCGUGCCGAUUCCGGCGUUUCGGUAGGGACCAAAGGCGUGCCAGCGUAGCGCACAGCAACCACCCGGACCACAACCGCAAAAACAACCAUCGCCAUAGUCGCAGUCGAGAAGUUCCACCUACGCCACCCAUCUCUGACUAUGGAAUGUUGGAUUCGGCGCGGGAUAGUCUGGCAAAGGAGGAGGAUCCCAGGGAUCGUCAAAAUUCGGUUAGCUCAACCAUCAGUACUUUGAAUACGGGAGAGGGUUCGUCAACUCCCCCACGAAAACCCGAACAUGCGAGAAGGAGUUCGAUUAAAUGGAACCCUGUAAAUUUUGCGGGUAACAACCCAAGAAAACCAGGAAUGAGAAGGGAGAGCGAGUCGGCUCUCAUAGUACCAAUUUCCCCAUCACUAGGCGCAGAGCGAACCAUCCCUAUCUGUGCACCCGAACCUACACAUAACAGCCCACGCAACUCACAGCAAUCGGGUCAAAACCAACCCGUAUGGCAACGCUCGAUGUCUUUAGGCUCACAUGGUAAAACAGGGUCCGUGUCUGGCGUGGUUAAUGCUCUACGGCGUGGGCCACCGCGAAAAAAGGGUGAAAGCCAAAGUACAUUUUCAAGUUCCGCCCUUCUGUCCCAAGAAGAGACCGAGGAAGCGAUGCGUCGAUCGCGGGAGAAGCAACAACGACAACUCCGCCUCCUAUUCGUAUACCCGGCUAUCUAUCUGCUAACGUGGAUCGCGCCGUUCGUGUCGCACGUGAUGGGGUACGACAGCGAUAUAGCUCCAAACGGACAAAGCGGCAGCGGGGAACCUCUAGCGCUACAAGUUGUUAGCAUCGCGAGCUUAUGUAUUGGUGCGGCCGUCGACUGUUGUUUCUUUAGCGCUUGGGAGAAACCGUGGCUACAUCUGCGUGGGGGUUUCUGGGAGGGUCUAGCAUUGCGGCUCAGGAUACACCGUCCAAUGCGACGGCGGCAUAGAGGCGCCGGUCGCACACGUCAGGAGAUGUUUGUAGACGCGCGUACAGCGCGUGUCAGACGGGACCAAGAAGAGAACCUGGAGAACUUGAGCAGCGAGGUCGGCAGGGGAGUAUCCGGACGCGGAACACUGCAUAAUACGGUACCGCGCGAAUGGUGGGAUGUGCUAGAUGUUGAUUCUGAAACUAGCACUAUCCGAACAGCAUAA